AUGAUAGCGGUCCUAGCAUUAUUCAUUUUGGCGUCAAGUCUCAUCCUGCAAGCGAAGAACCAGAACGGGGACGAGAGAUCCGCACCAGUUGGAAUCACCGUGUUCAACGGCGACGAGCUGGACUCGGAAGCCCUCGAAGACGGGCUCAUGAAGAAUCUCGGCCUCUCAUCCCUCCCUGAUCUCUCGAAGCUGAGCAUGACCCAGGAAGAGGUGUCCAAGGCGUUUUCCGACAUUUUGUCAUCCGCCGGCGAGAAGAUCCCCGAAGGAGAGCCUCGCCUCUGGACCCUAGAGGCAUCAGGUAUGCACCGACACGCCUCUCGAUCGCCCAACAGACACAGCUUCCCCUUCCUCGAGCGGCUCAUCUGCGAAGCCAGGAGAAAUUCUGGAAGCGAGGAGAGCCUCGUUUUGACCUUCGAUCUGAAAGAAAAAGCGGAGACAGAGGAGAUGGAGUUGUCGCUUUGGUUGGCUCGUCUGGCUCGCCUGGACCUGGAGGUGGAAUCGCAUGAAGGGGAACGUGGAUAUUUGGACCUCCACUACCUGACAAAUUCCUCUGAAGAACUUCUGGAGACCAAGCAGAUCGGGGCCGACGUGCAGGGGUUCGACGUCACGGUCCCCGUGACCCGACACCUGAAGAUGGCAAGCAGGAGAAUCGUCUUCAACAUCAGAUGUCGCGGCUGUCGAGUGUCAGGCUCGACCAUGCAUGUCCUUCUCGUCUCCGAGGAGCGAUCGAAGUCAUGGAAGCAAGACGAGGAGGAACAGGUGGACUGUCCGACCGACCAACAGCACUUGAAGUGUUGCCGGAACAAGAUGACCGUUUUCAUGAAGAAAUUCCCCCAGCUGAACUUUAUCCUUCACCCCCUGGAGUUCGAGGCGUAUCGCUGCGAAGGAAGCUGCCCAAACUAUUUCCGCUCGGCCAACAACCACGCCAUCGUUCAGAGCUUCGUUCGCCAAGAGGACCAGAAGCGACGGCCCUUACAAUUCCGACCGGCCAACAACCUCGCCAUCGUUCUAGGUUUCAUCUGCCAGCAGGACCUGAAGGCCAAGAAGCACACGGUCACCCCAAAACCCUGCUGUAUCCCGAAAGCCCUGAAGGAUCUGGACCCACCAAAUCUACUUGGACGACUACAACACCGAUCAAAGAGGGGCGUGGAAGAAAGACAUCGCCGAGGACUGCGCCUGUUCCAAAUGCUCUUUGUCGUUUUCCUUCUCUGGUGUGAAUAA